CCUUCCGGCCUGGCUGAAGGUGGGGCGGAAGGAGAGAUAAAGCGCCCCCCCCGUCUCUCCCAGGCGCCCCAUCAAGGGGCACUUCCGUGAUUUGGGUCGCCAUAAGUCGGGAUCGACUUGAAGACAGUCCCAACAACAUUGGAGAUCGCUGAUUCAUAGGGUCGCCCUAAGUCGACUACAAAGGCACAUAACAACAACCUGGUGAAUGUGGCAGCGGCUGACCCGCUUGUGUGUUGUGGGGUGAAGAUGGCGAGGAGAGGAAAGCUGGUGGUCGCCACGUCUUUCCGUACAACCUUUGAUCUCUCUUGCCUGCAACCCUGGAGAGCCCCUGCCAAGUCCCUGCCGACAGUUCUGAGCAAGAUGGAAGGACCCCCCAAUGGUCUGCCUCAGUAGAAGGCGGCUUCCUAUGUGUCGCUCAGUGUCAUGGAAACCAGGUGUAGAGGAAUCGGAGCAUGUGUCCGCAAGUGAGAGACCUCCUGGAGGAUUCCUUAAAGCACAGAUGGAUGGGGAAGACUCAGCUGCCCCUGGAGCAGGAACAGGCCCCGAUGCCAUCAGGACUGGGAGCACUGGGGGAUUCUGGGGAAGAACAGCGCAGAAGGCCCUGGAUAAGGAGGACACCCUCAGUUCAGAUGUGAAGCGCCAGCAUUUCAGGCAGUUCUGCUACCAGGAGGGUAAAGGACCCCGAGAGGUUUGCAGCCGACUCCACAAUCUGUGCUGUCAGUGGCUGAAGCCAGAAAGGCACACGAAAGCUCAGAUGCUGGACCUGGUGAUCCUGGAGCAGUUCUUGGCUGUUCUUCCACCGGAGAUGGAGAGCUGGGUGAGGGAAUGUGGCGCGGAGACCAGUUCCCAGGCGGUGGCCCUGGCUGAAGGUUUUGUCCUGAGCCGGGCAGAGGACGAGAAGCAGGCUGAGCAGCAGGGAAGGGAUCUGUUUGCUGAAAUGGGCACCGAUUUCCCUGAGGGAGAGAUGACUCCAUCCGACACCAGUCAAAGGGUACUGGGUAAUGACAUGAUGCUGGCAAGACCUCCUCAGCUGUCUCACCUUCACAAUGGGGGGGAAGCAGAUGCUGUGGAAUCGGAUCAGGGUCCGGUGUCCUUUGAGGAUGUGGCUGUGCAUUUCACGGAAGAGGAGUUGGCGCUGCUGGAUCCUGACCAGAGAGCUCUGCAUAAGGAAGUCAUGAAGGAGAAUUUUGGAGUCGUGGCUUCUCUCGAAGGUGAGGAAUUUGAGAACAAGGGAGAGCCCAUCAAAAUCGUCACAGUGGAGACAACGUAUCAAUAUGUAGAGUGUGGAGAGAUCUUCAGUCAGAGCUCCCAGCAAAGAAUUCACACCGAGGAGAAACCUUAUCAAUGCCUGGAAUGUGGAAAGACCUUAGCCUGCAAGAAAACUCUCACUACCCAUCAAAGAAUUCAUACAGGAGAAAAACCAUAUGAAUGCUUGGAAUGUGGAAAGAGCUUUAGAUACAGUUCCAACCUCACUUCCCAUCAAAGAAUUCAUACAGGAGAGAAACCGUAUAAGUGCUUGGAAUGUGGAAAGAGCUUCAGACACCAUAACCACCUCACUUCCCAUGAGAGAAUUCACACAGGAGAUAAACCAUAUCAAUGCUUAGAAUGUGGAAAGAGCUUCAGCCAGAAGGGAAAUCUCACUUCCCAUCAAAGAAGCCAUACAGAGGAUACACCAUAUCAGUGCUUAGAAUGUGGAAAGAGCUUCCGCUGGAAGUUAACUCUCACUACCCAUAAAAGAAUUCAUACAGGGGAGAAACCAUAUGAAUGCUUAGAAUGUGGGAAAAGCUUUAGACACAGUUCCCACCUCACCUCCCAUCAAAGAACUCACACAGGAGAAAAACCAUAUCAGUGCUUGGAAUGUGGAAAGAGCUUCAGAAUCCGUGACCACCUCACUUCCCAUGAAAGAAUUCAUACAGGGGAGAAACCAUAUCAGUGCUUGGAAUGUGGAAAGAGCUUCAGCCAGAAGGUAAGUCUCACUUCCCAUGAAAGAAGUCACUCAGGAGAUACACCAUAUCAGUGCUUGGAAUGUGGAAAGAGCUUCCGCUGGAGGGUAAGUCUCAGUUUCCAUAAAAAAAUUCAUACCGGGGAGAAACCAUAUCAGUGCUUGGAAUGUGGGAAGAGCUUCCGCUGGAAGGACAGUCUCACUUCCCAUCAAAGAAUUCAUACUGGGGAGAAACCAUAUCAGUGCUUGGAAUGUGGAAAGAUCUUUACCUGCAGGGCAACUCUCACUUCCCAUCAGAAAAUUCACACAGGGGAAAAACCAUAUCAAUGCUUUGAAUGUGGAAAGAGCUUCCGUCACAGCACAUGCCUUACUAAACAUCACAGGAGCCACACAGGAGAGAAGCCGUACAUGUGCUUGGAAUGUGGAAAGAGCUUCAGCGAGAGCUCCAAUCUCACUACACAUCAAAAAAUUCAUACAGGUGAGAAACCGUAUCAGUGCUUGGAAUGUGGGAAGACCUUCAGCUGGAAGGACAGUCUCACUUCCCAUCAAAGAAUUCAUACUGGGGAGAAACCAUAUCAGUGCUUGGAAUGUGGAAAGAUCUUUAGCUGCAGGGCAACUCUCACUUCCCAUCAGAGAAUUCAUACAGGGGAGAAACCAUAUCAAUGCUUGGAAUGUGGAAAGAGCUUCCGUCACAGCACAACCCUUACGAAACAUCACAGGAGCCACACAGGAGAGAAACCUUAUACGUGCUUGGAAUGUGGAAAGAGCUUCACUGGAAGCUGCAGUCUUACUACACAUCAAAGAAUCCAUACAGGGGAGAAACCUUUUCAGUGCUCAGAAUGUGGAAAGAGCUUCAGACAGAGCACCAGUCUCACUUCCCAUCAAAGAAUUCAUACAGAGGAGAAACGAUAUCAGUGCUUCGAAUGUGGAAAGAGCUUUAGACGCAGUUCCCAUCUCAUUUCCCAUCAAAGAAGCCAUACAGGUGAGAAACCCUAUCAGUGCUCGGAAUGUGGAAGAAGCUUCAGCUGGAAGCGAAGUCUCACGUCCCAUCAAAAGAUUCAUUUAGGACACAAACCAUAAAAGCAGGGCAGCUGGUGGUCACUUGACCUGCCAGGGCUGCUGAAGGCAUGGCCAGGGAGGUGACAGAGUUAUAGCCAAGUUGCUCUGGUUUCCUCCCCAUCCUCCUCUCUUGCAAAGCUAUUGUGAAGAUUUAAGCAUUGCAGUUAUACAUAUUUAGCAUCUAACUAAAUAAUAGUAAUAAAUAAUAAAUUUAAUUUCUUCGUCGCCUAUCUGGCCAAUGGCCACUCUAGGCGACUUACAAAAUUAUUAGAAUACAAUUGAUAAAAUACAGUAAAACAACACAUCUGCAGCAACAAUAUUAAAACUGGGCAGGAGGCAUUUCAGUUAUAACAAUUAACCCUCCCCAGAUACCCCGAAGGCCUGCUGAAAGAGCCAGGUCUUUAAGGCUUUCCGAAACACAUUUAAAGAAGAGGCGUGCCGGAGAUCUUGUGGGAGGGAGUUCCAAAGAGUGGGGGCUGCCACUGAGAAUGCCCUCUCUCUUGUACCCGCCAAUCUGGCUGUUUUUGUUGGCGGGAUUGAGAGAAGGCCCUGUGUGGCCGAUCUUGUCGGGCGGCAUAAUUGGUGGCGUUGAAGGCGCUCCGUGAGAUAAACUGGGCCGAAACCGUGUAGGGAUUUAAAGGUCAAUACCAACACCUUGAAUUGGGCUCGGAAAACAACUGGUAGCCAGUGUAGGUCGAACAACACUGGUGUGAUGUGAUCUCGGCGGCGACUAUUCGUAAGUAGUCGAGCCGCUGCAUUUUGUAUCAGUUGUAAUUUCCGGACCGUUUUCAAGGGUAACCCCACGUAGAGCGCAUUACAGUAGUCCAAACGAGAGGUGACCAGGGCGUGUACCACUAGUGGGAGCUGGUGAACAGGAAGGUAGGGUUGCAGCCUUCGUAUGAGGUGUAGUUGGUACCAGGCUGCCCGGCUCACUGCCGAAAUCUGAGCCUCCAUGGACAGCCUGGAAUCAAGCACAACCCCAAGGCUGCGGACCUGGUCCUUUAGGGGUAAACUCACCCCGUUGAACUUCAGGUCAAUGUUGCCCAACCUUCUCUUGUCCCCCACAAGUAGUACCUCAGUAGUACUGAACUGAAACGCCUCUUGGUUUGAUUCAGAAGAGGUCCCUGCUGUCACUGUCGCUUCUCUGCUACGAGAAAAUUUGUGUGGCCUCCCCCUCUUCUCUUUCUCUCCUUAUCCUUCUGUUUUUCAAAGGAACAGCAGACAGUUAAACAUUGCCAUUGUAUAAAUUCUGCACACCUAAGUAUCCCACCUUGGUUCAGAACUGGGGUCACAAGUUCUAGUGUGGGUUUAUGCCAUAACAACCUUACCUUGCUCAGUCUGAAAUGGUUAGUCUUAAAGGAGCCACACAGAACUGUUAAGAAGGAUCUCCAUAAAUGGAAAAAGGAGUAUUGUGGCAAAUAUACGAACCUCUGCACCCAUUUUGGCUGGUUCCAAAGACAUUGGAGGAGGACCCACAGCUGAUUGUUCAUGAUUUUCCUUACCCCAACACAGCUCAAAUAAAAUAAAUAAAAUCUAUUUUUGUCAUGUCCUGCAGAGGCAGACCGGAAAGUAUGUCACUUUUCCUCACUCCCUGAGAUCUGUGUCUCUUGUUAUGAAAAGAAAACCUGGAAUUGACGAGACAAUCAAUCCACAUUUACAGAUUAGCUAAAUAGAUGUGUUCACAGUGAAUGCAUUUAGUAUGCUCAGAUAUGAACCAGACACAUAUAUUUUUUAUUAAUAUUGUCAAGGUUGCUGGGUUUCAAAAUCCUGGAAACCACAGCUCUUGGACCAAGAAGCCCCAAUCCAAACGGACUAGUCAGUAGCAAUUAGCCCAAAGGCCAAGGUGCUGGUUUUUGUUCCAAGGCGUACUUGAAGGAACAGACUCCAUUAAAUACGAAGUUGCUUUGUAUAGGUAUAAAUAAUUAUCAAAAAUAAAAAUAAUCAAAAGACAGCUGAGUGUGGCAAAUAUACCCAUUUUGCACCCAUUUUGAUCACAUUUGAUCACACCUGAUGAGGUACGCCUGGCGCCAACAUUAUUAUCUUUUUGGCGCCAGGUCAAAACUCUCCUCCCAGGCAUUUUAGUAUGUGUUAAAAAAUUGUUUUUUAACUUUUUUAAGAAUUUAAAAAUUUUAAAGUUGUUUUUAAAUUGUCUAAAUAUGUGGUUUAUUGCAUUUGAUGUAUGACCAUUGUGAACCGCCCAGAGAGCUUUGGCUAUGGGGCGGUAUAUAAAUUUAGUAAAAUAAAAUAAAAUAAAUUUGCAAACCAGAUUGGGACAUCACUUCUCGAUGACGUUGUAGGACCCUUGCAACUUUACUAUUCUAUGACUUUACUCCCCAUUUCCCUAUCUUGAACCGCCACACCAAUGACUCCUAAAUAAGUUGUCUUCACAGUGAAUGUUGUUUUUAACACUUAACACAUUUACUAUUCACAAAUGUGAACCAGACACAUUCUCAUAAUGAAAUACUGUAGCAAUUCUUUCCAUUUGACAUAGUUCUAUUAGGAGUGGCUAGAAUUCUUUCGCUUUGAUGAUAGUGGAUUAUGUUGAACCAAAAUGGUUGCAGAAGUGGCAGUGUAUGGUACCUUGGCGUAUGACUUAUCAAAUUCUUUCAGGUAGUUUGAUAUGUUUUGGAAGGUGGUCUUGUUUUUCUUUGAUAAUUGAUAAAGUUAGCAUUUAAGUUUAGGAAUGCGUCUUUAAUUUAUCUUCUUUAAAGGAAACAUUUAGUAUAAAUAUCCCUACCUUUGAGCAGUUGUCUCUGUUCUUCUUGAGAGGCGCCUGUCACCUUUGUGUGCACUCUAGAUAGCCUUGCUGAGUCAGGUAAUUGUGAUUUCAUAGGGCUUCUCAGCCCUGCAUCAACAUUUUAGAAUUGUAGUAAUAGCAGUUUUAUUUAUAAUGCCUCUAUAGCGUUGAGUAAUUUCCUUUGUUUUGUCUUCUGUAAUAAUCAAACAUUAUUCUGUUAAGUAAAGGAAAUGUAUUUACCAAACUCAUGUGCCUAAGACUCAUCCCUGAAUCUUAACAUUUCUUUGGGUCCUCAACAGAGGGGGGCUAAAUCUCCCCCUCAAUGUGGUGUCUCUUGCAGAGGGAACUAAGAUGCGACUGAACUGCCAAACCCAGCACCUGAUAUAUGGAAAUUAAACUUCUGUCCUGGCCUUCCUCCCAGGAAGAGCCCUUGGCAGCAAACAAAUAAAACACUAAAAACAUCUUAAAACAUCUCAAAAACAAAACAUCUUUAAAACAUUUUAAAAAUAAAACAUCUUAAAAACAUAUUUUUUAAAAUCUUUAAAGUCAUCUUAAGACGUAAUUCCAAAACAGACACAAACUAGGAUAAGGUCUCUACUUAAAAGGCUUGUUGAAAGAGGAAGGUCUUCAGUAGGCACCAAAAAGAUAACAGACAGAGUGCCUGUCUAACAUUUAAGGGGAGGGAAUUCCAAAGGGUAGGUGCCACUGCACUAAAACUCCACUUCCUAUGUUGUGUGGAACGAACUUCUUGAUAAGCUGGUAUCUGCAGGAGGCCCUCACCAGCAGAGCGCAGUGAUAGCUUGGGUAUAUAGUGCGUAAAACGGUCUUUCAGGUAUCCUGGUCCCAAGCUGUAUAGGGCUUUGUAAAUCAAAACCAGCGCCUUGAACUUGGCCCAGCAGGUAAUUAGUAGCCACUGCAAAUCUUUCAGCAGCGGGAUAACAUGUUGGCGAUAUCUGCUCCAGAGAACAUUCGCGCCACUGCAUUUUGCACCAGCUGCAGCUUCUGGACCAACCUCAAGGGCAGCCCCACAUAGAGCACAUUACAGUAAUCCAACCUGGAGGUUACCAAUGCAUGGACAACAGUGGUCAGGCUAUCCUGGUCCAGAAACGGCUGCAGCUGUCUUACCAGCCGAAGCUGGUAAAAGGCACUCAUAGCCACAGAGGUCAUCUGGGCCUCUAGCAACAAAGAUGGAUCUAGGAGCACCCCCAGACUACGGACCUGCUCUUUCAGAGGGAGUACAACCCCAUCCAAAGCAGGCAAUUGACCAAUUAUCCAGACUCGGGGAACCACAUACGCACAGCGUCUCCGUCUUGCUAAGAUUCAGAGUCAGUACAUUGGCCCUCAUCCAGCCCACCACCGAGUUCCAGCAACUGGCCCAGUGCUUGCACAGCCUCUCUAGAUUCAGAUAUUACAGAGAAAUAGAGCUGGGUAUCAGCAUACUGCUGACAUAUCACCCCAGAUCUCCUCCUGACAGCUCCCAACGGCUUCAUAUAGAUGUUAAACAGCAUUGGGGCCAAAUGGUACCCUGUGGCAUCCCACUGCACAACUACCAGGGAGCUGAAAGACAAUCACCCAAUGCUAUUCUCUGAAGACUUUUUGAGAAGACUUUUGAAGACUUUCCUCUUUCAACAAGCCUUUUAGGUUGAGAACUAUCCCAGUCCGAGUCUGUGUUAGAAUUGCUUAAUAUGUUUUUUAAUAAUGUUCUUAACCCUUUUUUAACGUUUUUUUAAAAUGUUUUUAACGCCGUUUUGUUUUAA